ACAUACCGCUCAAAUUCGCGAAGACGCUUAGGCUAACUUUUUUUGCUGGUCAUUUUGACAGUAUUUAGUUGAAGUUUUGUUGACACUGAAAAUUUUUGAAAUUUGACCAUUUUUAAGAAAAUUAUGGCAGAUAUUACGAUAGAACAAAAAGUCAAAUUAAUCGAGUGUUAUUACACAAAUGGAAAAUCUAAAGCUGCUGCUGUACGAGCAAUGGAAAGUCAUUACGGGAAUGAUCUCAAUUGUCAUCCUAAUACAUUAAAGAAUCUUAUUAAGAAGUUUCUACUAACUGCGUCCAUGGAUGAUCGACGUAGUGAAAAUCCAGGAAGACCAUACGAAGUUACAACCCCUGAAGUGGUAGACAAGGUUGAAGCUCACUUUGAAGAAAAUCCAAAGGACUCAAUACGUCGAGCAGCUCAGGUUCUUGGAUUAAAACGUGAAUCUUUACGAGUUAUGUUGAAAAAAUUUCUUAAUUUCCACCCAUACAAAAUAUCGGUGCAUCAAAAGUUAACGGAAGCUCAUAAGGCAAAACGAGUUGACUUUUCGAAAAAAGUUUAUGAUGCUAUUGAAAAUGGGUCACUAGGUGUUAAAAAAAUAAUUUUCAGUGAUGAAGCUCACUUUGAUUUGACGGGAUAUGUCAAUAAACAAAAUAUGCGAUUUUGGGCUAUAGAGAACCCAUACUACACAACUAACACAACAGCUCAUCCAAUAAGGCUAACAGCAUGGGCUGCCAUCUCCCGGAAAGCUAUUUACCUCACAACUUUCACAGAGACUGUCACAGGAGAAUUUUAUAAGCAGAUAUUGAUAAGACGGUUUUACCCAUGGUUGACUCGAGCCGCAAUUCCAACUGAUUCCUGGUUCAUGCAGGAUGGUGCUACUCCACAUCGAACACACGAUGUGUUUGAAAGCCUUGCCACCAAGUUUGAAGGCCGUGUUAUUGGUCUUGGAUACCCAGCGUUUCAAGGGGGCGGAAUAGAGUGGCCACCUUAUAGCCCAGACUUAAACCCAUGUGACUUUUUUUUAUGGGGGUAUUUAAAAGAUAGAGUAUAUCAGAGAAACCCAAAAGACCUAAAUCAACUCGAAUCAGCCAUUAAAAAUGAAGUUGCAAACAUCGACGAUGAGAUGCUAAAUCGUGUUUACAUAGGCUUCCUUCGUCGCCUGGAGGCGUGUCACCUAUCAGGUGGAGGGCACUUUGAAAAUAUUUAUGUAUAAUUUUGAAGUGUCUUCUUUAAUUUAAGACAUAAAAAACAAAUUUCUGUCAAGUAAUUACGAAAAUAUAACGAUUUA